AUGUCUCAUGAAAAGCCUCAGCUACCUAAUCAGACUUUUAUAUCUGUCACAAAUGAUACAGAAUCCUCAAGCUCUGUCAUUUCUAAUGACACUGUUAGAAAGAAAGGCUGGGCUGAAGACAAUUCUCCAGGAAUAGAAGUAUUAUGUGCCAUCUAUAUCACAUAUGCUGUGAUAAUUUCUGUAGGCAUUCUUGGAAAUGCUACUCUCAUCAAAGUCUUUUUCAAAACCAAGUCAAUGCAAACAGUGCCAAAUAUUUUUAUCACCAGCCUGGCUUUUGGAGAUCUUUUACUUCUGCUAACUUGUGUACCGGUGGAUGCAACACACUACCUUACAGACGGAUGGAUGUUCGGAAGGAUUGGUUGUAAGGUGCUCUCUUUUAUCCGGAUUACUUCUGUUGGUGUGUCAGUGUUCACACUGACAAUUCUCAGCGCUGACAGAUACAAGGCAGUUGUGAAACCCCUGGAAAGACAGCCCUCCAAUGCCAUCCUGAAGACUUGCGUGAAAGCUGGCUGUGUCUGGGUGGUGUCUAUGAUAAUUGCUUUGCCAGAGGCUAUCUUUUCCAACGUAUAUACGUUCCAAGACCGCAACACAAAUGCCACUUUUGAAUCGUGUGCUUCUUACCCUGUAUCUGAGAGGCUUCUGCAAGAGAUUCAUUCUCUGCUGUGCUUCUUGGUGUUUUACAUUAUCCCACUGUCUAUUAUUUCUGUCUAUUAUUCUCUGAUCGCUAGGACACUCUAUAAAAGCACGCUGAACAUCCCCACUGAGGAGCAAAGGCACGCUCGCAAGCAGAUUGAAUCCCGGAAGAGAAUUGCCAAAACGGUGUUGGUGCUGGUGGCUCUGUUUGCUCUCUGCUGGUUGCCGAAUCACCUGCUGUACCUCUACCACUCGUUCACCUCUCAAACCUACAUUAUGGACCCCUCUGCAAUUCAUUUCCUGGCCACCAUUUUCUCUAGGGUCAUGGCUUUCAGCAAUUCUUGCGUCAACCCCUUUGCUCUUUACUGGCUGAGUAAAACCUUCCAGCAGCAGUUUAAAGCCCAGUUAUUCUGUUGCAAGGUGAAGCAUCCCGAGCCGCCCCCUGCGGCGACCCCUCUUAACAACCUGGCUGUGAGGGGCAGGGUCCCAGGUGCUGGCAGCUCACAGGUGUCUGAAAUUAGUGUGACCUUGCUGGCUGGGUGUGGUGAGAGGAUGGAAGAUGACCGAGUCUAG